ACUGUAAGAAGGAAUAGACCGAACGGACAGUAUGUGAUUCAUUCAUAUGCUUUCAAGUACAUUUAAAAUUGUUAACUGAUUUAUGUGUUGAUAAUAUCUACUAAGUGCAUGUUGAAUAGGUAACCAUUGCAAGACAAUCCCAAACUAUAUUUGAUUUACGAUAAAAUACUUUGGACUAUCAAAUGUAGCUUGUAUUUUACUGCCUUUUUUUUCCAGCUUCCAUGGAUCUUAGCAGCAAAACGUUUGUGCAGGUGGUGAUGUUGGCGUUGAUAGCUCAGGUCACUUUCUCUCAGCAUUGGUCGUAUGGGUGGCUACCUGGAGGAAAGAGAAGUGUUGGGGAGCUGGAGGCCACCAUCAGGAUGAUGGACACAGGUGGUGUAAUGGCUCUUCCUGAGGAGACAGGUGCCCAUAUCCCAGAGAGACUGAGACCAUAUGAUGUAAUGUCGAAGAAACGAAUGCCACAUAAAUAAAGAACUGUGAGAUAAUUCUUCACAAAAAGCAAGAAGACAGCGAUGAUGGAGCAUUCAAGA